CACUUCAAAUCAAGCCUCCAUCUUCAUGAACAUUGAAAAAACGUGGUAAUACUGGCUACUGCGUACUGUAUUAUACUUCGACGUAUAUUAAAUAUAAGUUUUCGUUUAUUUGUGUUUUCUCACCCUGUUAACCCAAAGACAUUUUGUUUUAGAACAAUGUUUUCUACCGUUAAAAGUUUUAAGAAAGAAGAUUUGUUGCUGGUUGCUGAAGAAAUUGGUGAAGUGAUACCAGCAAGAGCAAAAAUUUCUGAUUUAAAAAAGUUAAUUCUUAACAGCGAUGAGUACAAAGGUGAUUCAGAAUUCGUCAUGUCUAUUUUAAUUAUGACUAUCGCUGAACGGAAACAGAAGGAGGAAGAAGAAAAAGCAAGGAAACAAAAAGAAGAAGAAAGAUUGCACGAACUUGAGUUGGCGAGAAUUCGAACACGCUCUACUGUAGAAAUUAUGGUGUUUUUUACCUGCUCAGAAUGUGGCCAGUCUGUGAAGAAAAAUCAAGUUGAAAAGCAUUGUUCUUUUCAAUGUCGGAAUUGCAAAUCACUUUCUUGUAUGGAUUGUGGCACAGAGUUUUGGGGAGAUGACUAUAAAACUCACACGAAAUGCGUUACUGAAGAUGAGAAGUAUGGUGGGAAAAAUUAUACACCAAAGCCAAGUGCAAAUAAAGGAGAAGUCAAACAAGAAAAAUGGAUUGAAUACAUAAAGAACACAAUAGCAACAAAGGAUUUAUCUGGACCCUUGUCAGAAUUGUUACAAAAAGUCAUAGAAUUUCCUAACAUUCCCAGAAAGCAGUCAAAAUUCCAGAAAUUUGUUGAAAAUAGUUUAAAGGUGAAAAAUCAGAAACUGAUUUCUGAAGCCUGGGGUAUAUUUGAUCAAAGUAAUCAAACUGAAACAGCUGAUAAGUCUGAAAUAACUAAUGGAAAUAAAGCUCAAGGAAAACGUCCUGCAGAAGAACCUCUUGUUAAAGAUAAGAGUUCUAAUAAGAAGAAGUGUCCUGAUCAAGAAAGUGAUGAUGAUGAAGAAAGUGAGAGUGAUAGUGAAGAUAUGGAAGAAAAUGAGAAUGGUAGUGAAAAAGUAGAAGAAAAUGGGAAUGAUGACAAAGAAAAUGAAGAAGAUGAUGAAAUGGAUGAAGAAAGUGAUAGUGAGGACAUGGAAGAGGAAGAAACUGAUGCUAAGGACAGUUUGUCUCAAGAUAACCUUAAAGGUGGAAAAGGAAAAUGUCACAAGUGCAAUGAAAGUGGUCACAUGGCCAGAGAUUGUCCCGGUGAGACUAGUGGUAAUCAAGGUAGUGGAGGAAAAAGCUGUUUUAAAUGUGGGCAAGAAGGUCACUUAUCAAGAGAAUGUACUGAAAGUGGGGGAGGGGGCUCUGGAGCUUGUUUUAACUGUAAUGAAGAAGGUCAUCAAUCAAGGAAUUGCCCUAAAAAGAAACAAGAUAGCAGGGGAUCUGGAGCCUGUUUCAAUUGUAAUGAAGAAGGCCAUCAAUCCAGAAACUGUCCACAAAAGAGACAAGGUGGACGAGCAUCGUCUGGAGCCUGCUACAACUGCAAUGAGGAAGGUCACCAAUCCAGGGACUGUCCGCAAAAAAGACAAGGUGGGCGAGCAUCAUCUGGAGCCUGCUAUAACUGCAAUGAGGAGGGCCAUCUAUCCAGGGACUGUCCUCAAAAGAGACAAGGUGGACGAGGAUCAUCUGGAGCCUGCUAUAACUGCAAUGAGGAAGGCCAUUUAUCCAGGGAUUGUCCACAAAAGAGGCAAGGUGGACGAGCACCAUCUGGAGCCUGCUAUAACUGCAAUGAAGAAGGCCAUUUAUCCAGAGACUGUCCUCAAAAGAGGCAAGGUGGACGAGCGCCAUCUGGAGCCUGCUAUAACUGCAAUGAAGAGGGCCAUCUAUCCAGAGACUGUCCUCAAAAGAGACAAGGUGGUAGAGCAUCAUCUGGAGCCUGCUAUAACUGCAAUGAAGAAGGCCAUCUAUCCAGAGACUGUCCUCAGAAGAGACAGGGUGGCAGAGCAUCAUCUGGAGCCUGCUAUAACUGCAAUGAAGAAGGCCAUCUAUCCAGAGACUGUCCUCAGAAGAGACAGGGUGGCAGAGCACCAUCUGGAGCCUGCUAUAAUUGCAAUGAAGAAGGCCAUUUAUCCAGAGACUGUCCUCAGAAGAGACAAGGUGGCAGAGCAUCAUCUGGAGCUUGUUUUAACUGCAAUGAAGAAGGCCAUCAAUCCAGAAACUGCCCACAAAAGAAACAAGGUGGCAGGGCUUCAUCUGGAGCUUGUUUUAAGUGCAAUGAAGAAGGCCAUCAAUCUAGAAACUGUCCUAAUAAUAGUUCUAGAAAAAGUUUUAAAUUUGAUGACGAAAGUCAUCAGACUAAGGAAAAUGGAAAAGAUACAAACAGAGAAAAUGGUACACCCAAGAAUAAAAAUUUUGACUUGAGCAAAGCUUGUGAAAAAGUCUUGGAAAGCUUUCCAGGGGGAAUAGCAAAGAAAAAGCUCAGAAAGCAGGUGAUAUCUGAGUACAAGGCUACUGUAGGUGACAGUUGCAAUUUAUCUAAGGACGCACUGAAAAAGCAAUUUAAUGACUUGAUGAAAACUAAUUCUUCAUUUACAGUAAAAAGUUCUGAAUAAUGUCUGUCAUAAAUCAUUCUCUGUAAAUAAAUUUUUUAUCACCAUUA